AUGACUUUGGCAACCCGCCACGCUGACUUUGGCCGUCGUGACAACCUCUGGAAGGAGAAUGACUUGUGGCUCGAUGACUUCCGUGACUGGCCACUCGAAUGGCCAAAACCGAGAGACUUUUUCAACCGGUUCUCGCGUGACGUGGAUAGUUGGUGGAAGGAUUGGCCAACCGAUUGGCCUCGCAUGGACACCGUCAUGCCAAGAUUCUCCACUCAACUAGAUCGUGUCGACCGUAACUGGAGAAGUGAUCCAUAUUGGAUGAAUCUUUAUCCAAGAUGGGCUGAGCCAAUCUUCAAGGAGGGAAUCGAUGUGAACUCGAAUGUUGUGAAUGACGAACGCAAGUUUGCCGUUGACAUGGACUGUUACCAAUUCCGUCCAGAAGAGAUUCAAGUGAAAACUCUUGAUGACACUUUGAUGAUUGAAGGAAGACAUGAAGAUAUCCGUGAUAGAGAUAACUUCACCAAAAUGUACUUUGUCAGAAAGUACCAACUUCCAAGAGAUGUAGAUUUUAACUCCAUCCAAAGUAGCAUUGAUGCCAAGGGACGUCUUCAAGUUGAAGCCAACAAGUUCAACAACAUGGCCAUCCAAGGUCGUGAGCGUUUGAUUCCAAUUGAAGGAGCUGGACGUGCUUCACCAAGAUACGAUAGUGGAACUCUUCGUUCUCAACGUGGACCAAACUCUCCAAUUCAUGUGCAAACUGAGCAAGACGGAAGAAGUGCUUCAAGCCGUAGUGGAUCUCGUUUGAAUGACAGCCCAGGGUCUCGAGAUGUAUAUUCUUCUCAUUCUUACAGCUAUCACCGUAGCGACUCGCGUAACCGUCUCUCUCCCAAUGACGUGAACAUCAGAACUGACAACCGUAACUAUAGCCCAGUCACUCCACGUGUCACUACUAGCGAGCGGACAGUAACACCGGAACAACGGUCGCCGGGUCGAAAAGCGUUCGAAACGAUUCGAAACAAUUUCGAGCAAGGUGCCUAUAAUACUGCUGGGAACGCCAAUCUUCAAGAAGAACGUUCUGGAUCUCGUGCCUAUAACUCUGCAGGAAACGCCAAUCUCCAUGAAGAGCGAUCAAGCUCUCGUGCUCAAUCUCACCGCUCAGAAAGUCGUAAUGGAGGAUACCGUGUUGAGUCUCCAGUCAGCACCACUACUGGAAUCCUUCGCAAUGGAAACUCAGAUUCUCCAAACUCUACUCAACGCGAGUACCGUUCCAUUCAAAUCCUUCGCAAGACAUAUUAA